CAGAGAACCAGUCGAACUGACAUUCAAACGUCCUUACGCUUUCAUUCGGUGCAAGCAGUCUAGUUUUGGAAAUCGUCUCAAGUCAGCAAUCUAGCAUCACAGUAUGGAUGACACAGAAGCAGAAGAUAAAUUUUUUGAAGUUCAUGAAAUUGUCGUGCCACAUAUUGGCCGGGUGCCAAUAACAAAGGGAGAUUUCCACUACCUGCCCAGCAAGGUUAAACGGUGGCUAGCAUUCACUGUUGAGUGGUUUCGACCACGUUGCCUCUACAUCUGUGAUGGGUCUCAAUCAGAAGCUGAUGAAAUUAUUAACAAGCUAAUGGAAAGAGGAACUUUGACAAAACUGAAAAAAUUGGAAAACUGCUACCUGUGCCGAACUGACCCGAAGGAUGUGGCUCGAGUGGAGUCGAAGACGGUGAUUGCUUCACAUGAUAAAUACACCACUGUUCCUCAUGUGCGCGAGGGUGUCAAGGGCAUCCUUGGAUCAUGGAUGUCUAUGGAAGACCUCAACAAGGAAAUGGAUAAACGAUUUCCUGGCUGUAUGGCCGGUCGGACGAUGUAUGUCAUUCCAUUCAGCAUGGGACCUCUCGGCUCCCCCCUAAGUAAGAUUGGAGUUGAGGUGACCGAUUCGAACUACGUGCUGUUGUGCAUGAGAAUGAUGACCCGCGUGUCGCCACGUAUCUGGGAGAUCCUCGGUGACAAAGACUUUGUCAAGUGUCUACACUCUGUAGGCUGUCCCAGGCCUGUUACGCGCAAGGUGGUAAACCACUGGCCGUGUAACCCAGAAAACGUGCUCAUAGCCCACGUGCCUGAAGAGCGCAAGGUGAAGUCGUAUGGCAGUGGGUAUGGUGGCAAUUCGUUGUUGGGCAAGAAGUGCUUUGCUCUGAGAAUUGCCAGUGUUAUUGCUCGGGAUGAAGGCUGGAUGGCUGAACACAUGUUGAUCAUGAGCAUUACGACUCCAAAAGGAAAGGAAUAUUUUGUGUCUGCUGCUUUCCCAAGUGCUUGUGGCAAGACUAACCUGGCGAUGUUGAACCCUAACCUGCCGGGAUUCAAAAUUCAAUGUGUCGGUGAUGACAUUGCCUGGAUGAAGUUUAACGACAAGGGUGAACUGUAUGGUAUUAACCCUGAGGCUGGCUUUUUCGGCGUCGCUCCGGGGACAAACUACAAAACGAACCCCAACGCCAUGCUGACUUUCCAGAAGAACAGCAUCUUCACAAACGUGGCCGAGACGGCCGAUGGCGGGUACUACUGGGAAGGUUUGGAAGACGAGGUUGAUGAGCAUAUUGGCAUUACUGACUGGCUGGGAAACGAGUGGCGACGAGGCAUGCACUCAAAGGCCGCCCACCCCAACUCACGGUUCACCACUCCUGCCAGUCAGUGUCCGAUCAUCCAUCCCAAGUGGGAGGACCCAGAGGGUGUACCAAUCUCGGCUAUCAUAUUCGGUGGACGGCGACCCACAGGAGUUCCACUGGUUGUAGAGUCGUUCAACUGGGAGCAUGGUGUUCUCCUCGGAGCCUGCGUCAAGUCGGAGGCCACUGCUGCCGCUGAACAUGUUGGCAAGAAUAUAAUGCACGACCCGAUGGCGAUGCGACCAUUUAUGGGUUACAACUUCGGCCACUACCUGCAGCACUGGCUGGAUCUGGAGAAACCAGGACGCAAGAUGCCCAAGAUCUUCCACGUCAACUGGUUCCGUGUCGACGAAGAUGGAAAGUUCCUCUGGCCUGGAUUUGGUGACAACAUCCGUGUGCUCGACUGGAUUCUGAAGCGCUGUGAUGGAACAGUGGAUGCCAUCAAGAGUCCCGUGGGUUAUCUGCCAAAGAAAGGUGACAUUGACCUGUCUGGGCUGAGCGAGCCAGUUGACUGGGACCAGCUGUUCAGUCUGCCGAAGCACUACUGGAUGGACGACACACGCGAGUCUCGCCGCUUCCUCGAGGACCAGGUCGGCCAGGACACGCCCAAGAAGAUGUGGGAGCUGCUGGCCAAGCAGGAGAAGGAGUUCAGUAGCAUGCCGGGACGUCAGAUCAGCGAGACCGACUGAGAGAAAUGUCAACGGGGUUACUCAUCCAAGACUGAUGUUCACGUCCAGUGACAAGCCCUGUUAGCAAGUGUUUCAAGUAGUUAACUGUGUUCACAGACGUAGAGACCGGCUGUUGUCAGCAGGUCGUAUCAGUUUGACGGUUAUUGUCAUGACUCUCGUGGUUAUCCAGACGUAUCAGCUGUUGUGUGUCAUUUAAAUUACCUAGUGAUGGUUGGAUCUGGACUUUUUGCAUUAUUAUUUGAAGUUUAUUUUUCUUCAUUUUGAAUAAUUUUGCUUCAGGAUUUUUUAGAUAAAUAUUUUAAACUAAUAUUUAGUUAUUGUUAAAUACAUUUGUAGCUGGAACAUGUAUCCAUAUAUAUAUAUAUAUAUAUAUAUAUUACUGUAUAUGUUGAUAGGUGAGUGUUUUCCCCUCACUUUAAUGCAGUCUGUAGAAAUAACUGAAUUAUGUUUUUAAAAUUGUUUGAAGUUGUUGAUAGAUAUAUUACUAGUUUAAAGUGACAGACCCUAGUUUUUAAACACUGUGGCAUAUUUUUGAUAAAUAAAAUCAGACAUUACUUAGAUUUUUGGUCAUCCUGGUGUUUUUAAUACCACGAAAUGCAUUUUUCAUAUAUUUUUUAAAUGCACAUACAUCUGAGAAGUAACAAUUAUGGAGACGAGAUCUAGCCUACUUUUCAAGGAUAUUUCCCUAUUCAAAGUCAUAAAUUUUUCUCUCUAUUGUAACUUUAUCCAAAUGUGUUAAAGGUUUGUACAUGUAGAAUAACCAUUUCAUUGGUUGAAACUAGGGCCUGUGACUUUAAUGUGAUGUAGAAAUGACUUGUGUUCAAUCAUGGAAGAGUAUUUUCUAAAGUAUAAUAUAAGAACGUUCCUCAAAUUAAGAAUUUAAAUUUAAAUAUGCUCUCUUGCCAUUAGUUUAGCCUUUUGGCUUUUAUUUCUAUUUGAAAACUAUUGUGAGCAUAAUUUGAGACAUUUGGAUCAUGUAACAGUUUGUAACAGUAUUUAGAUUGUUGUUUAAUCAUUCACUAUUAAAACAUGUAUUUGUGUGUUCUUUAUUUGCCCAGUCUAAUGGAUGGGUUUUCAUAUUUUUGCUCAAAUGAACUAAAAACAUUAAAACAAUUUUGAGGACCAUUUUUCUGCUCAAUUUGCAAGCAUUAGUGUUACUAAAAGAUCCAAAUAGGUGCUGUAUUAUAUGCAAUACUUUAUACUGUAAUACUGUUGAUGCAAUCUAAAAGAUGGUAUUUUUCUUGGCAUUCCCUGAACUCAGUUGAGGGAUAGUUUAGUGGUUGAUUUAUGAAUUCAAAGUCAAAAUAAUAAUGUUGGUAAUUUAAUAAACCCUGGGCCACUUGUCCACAUUAGUUUUACUUCCAACAUUUCAGCUGCCUUCUGUUAUUGUCAUUUUCCUUGAAUGACAUAACACUUCAAAAAUUAGCAUCACACAGUCGUUCAAAAACAGAUUACUAAUGUUUCUUAAUGUUGUUUGUGACAGCUGAAAUUCAGAAGAAGUAUAAUAUUAAUGUGACCAUUUAACAUGAAAUUCUCCAGUGCCAUUUGUUAAUUGUUUGUUAAAAUUCUUCUUAGUGCUAUUUUGACAUUUAAAAUAUUGUUUACAACAGGCAGCUUGCUGCAGUUGAAAAAUAUUGGAAACUGGUUUUUCCUGGGCAAAUCUAUGAUUUCAGUUCAGAAGACAUACGCCCAUCCGAGGUACAAGACAUUGUGUUUUACUAGUGUCAGACUUUAUGUACUUAAACAUGCUAUUUGAUACAGAGAAUUCACUACCACAGUGCAUUUCAGUAUUGUGAAAAUUGUAUUGUAUGAGCUUCAGUCGGGCAUAAUACCUUAUUUUUAUCCUCUGCAGGACAUAAUACCUUAUUUUUAUACCUAAUAUAUGAUACAGACGAUACAAAACCCCCCACAAGAAUAAUAAGCUCUCUAUCAUGUUUUGUAAAGCUGGACUAUUUUGUUUGAAAUUGCUAUUGGAAUGUUUUGGUUUGACAAUGAAUGCAUGAGUCAAUUUUGGAGCUUUUGCACAGCUUGCUUACAUAGCAGUAAAAGUAGUCUCAGGUUGUAACAACAAAUAUCUUCGUUAUUUAAAAAAAAAAUUGAGUGUGUACUGUAUUCGUCUGUAGCCAGUGGAAAUUAAACAGAUUAAUAUUGAGGACGUGCAUCAGUAUCAUCAUGAUGGUUUACUCCCAAUAUACUUCAGGUAUUCCCAACUGUACAUCAUAAUCCCCUAAUUAGUAUUGCAAUGAUUGUACAUCAAUAUUGCUAGUUAUACCCCAGUAUCGACCCAUUUGUAUAUCGAUAUCACUGACUGUACAUCAGAAAUACCAAUUGUACACAAGUAUCAUGCUAAUAAUAACACAAUCUCCUUCAUUUUAUUCACUUGUUAAUUGUUUGUUAAAAUUCUUCUUAGUGCUGUUUUGAUAACAUUUUAAACAUUGUUUACAACAGGCAGCUUGCUGCAAUUGAAGACUAUUGGAAACAGGUUUUUUCCCUAGAGAAAUCUAUGAUUUCAGUUCAGAAGACCUACUCUUUAAAAUGUCAUCCGUUCAUAAUGUUUUGUCUGAUAGUCAGAUGAGCCAGUGUGAAACAAGAACUGAUAUUGCAGAUCUACCUUGUCGAUGUCCUCAACAUCGUACACUAUACGUUCUGUUUUUAUUGUUGUAUUCAGUAUUUUGUUACACUAUUUGCUUUAAGUAGUACUUUUACUUUGGGUAUUAAAUUUACUUAUAUAUCAUUAGGUAUUAAAUUUACUUGUAUAUCAUUAGGUAUACUGUGUAUGUUUUGUAAUCGUAUUCUGUAUGUAGUUUAAUCUUCAAUCUGUAUUAAAAGAAUAAAAUCAC